AUGAUAAAGGAAAAUGGUAUCAUCUUUUUAGGAACGGGAGGAUCGUCUUCUACACCUAAAUUAUCUCAUGUUUUCAAAAAUUCUAAAAAGAUAUUGAAUAAAAAUAAAAAUAGUUUGUCUAAAUUAGAAUUGAAAAAAGAAGAUUAUGAAAAUAUUGAUAAAUUUGUCGAUGAGUUAGCAUCAAAAAGUUUAGAUUGUAUUGAUGAAUUAAAUAAUUUAUAUUUAAAAAAAUUAUAUUCCGAUUAUCCUAAUAUGGAAUGUUAUACUUGUUUCGAUGCAUUAAAUAAUGACUCUAAAAAUAAAAGAAACAAUAUUUCUCUUUUAUUAAAAUCAAAUAAUUCUUAUGUUCUUAUUGAUGUAGGGAAAACUUUUAGAGAUAAUAUGGUGUUAAUAAGUCAUAGUCAUACAGAUGCAUUGAAUGGGAUAGAUGAUUUGAGAGAUUUACAAGAUUUUAAUAAAACAAUGUAUGAUGAUUUAUAUUAUUAUACUCCAAAAAAAAUUAUUGAUAUAUAUUUAAAUGAAGUAACUUAUGAACGACUUUUAAGUGGUUAUGCAUAUUUAGCUCAGAAGAGAUCAGAAAACAUAUUUUAUUCAAAAAUUCCUGCUCUUAAUAUUUUUAUUUUAAAAGAUGAAAAAUAUAACAAAAUUAUGCGUAAUGAUAAUGUGUUGAGCGAAUUAAAAGAAGAAUCAGAUAAAUUAGAAAAUAAUAUACCAAUUGAGAAGGAUAUAGAUAGAAUUGAUGAAAAAAAAAUAAACAAAGAUGAUGAUAAUACAUCUGUAAAUAUACACACUUAUGACUUAAAAGAUGAAUAUGGUUUCAUUUAUUCAAAAUUUGAUAAUGAUAAAAUUAUAAGAUUUAUUCCAUUUGAACAUGGAAAAAAUUAUAUAUGUGUGGGUUAUAUUAUAGGAAAAGAUAAAAAGUUAGUUUAUAUUUCUGAUUGUUCCAAUUUGUCUUCAUAUAUACUAAAUUAUAUAAAAAAUUUUGAGCCUAUUGAAAUUUUAAUUAUAGAUGCACUCUUUUAUACGAGAAAGCAUUAUUCUCAUUUCUCUUUGCAUCAAAGUAUAAAAAUUGCUUUAUUAAUUAAACCAAAAAAAGUUUAUUUUGUAGGGAUGUCAUGUGCGAUUGAACACAAUAUAACCAAUUUAUUUCUUCAAAAAUUGUCAAAAAAAUAUCCAGAUACUUCUUUUUCAUUAGCUCAUGAUGGGCUUUUUAUUCCUUUUGAUUUUUAA